UUUAUUUUAAGAAUGAGAAAUUCUGACGAUUACGAUUAUCAAUACAAAAUAGUUAUCAUAGGAGAUUCAGGAGUCGGAAAGACUAAUAUCAUGACUUAAUUCACAAGAGGAGAAUUCUCAGAAGAAACUAAAACUACAGUUGGUGUAAUAAUUAAUGAUUUUGUAGGUGGAAUUCGCUAACAAAUAACUUGUUAUAGAUGAUAAAAUAAUUAAAGCAUAAUUAUGGGAUACAGCUGGAUAGGUAAAUAGUUUUAUUAAAUUAGGAACGAUACCGAGCGAUUAUUUCAUCUUAUUAUAAAGGAGCAUCAGGAGCUUUAAUUGUUUUUGAUAUUACAAAAUAAUCUACAUUUGAUAAUGUUGAUAGAUGGAUGAAAGUAUGAUUCAUUUAUUAAUAAUUUAGGAAAUUUAAGAAAGCACAUCUAAUGAUAUAUCAAUCAUUUUAGUUGGCAAUAAAUCAGAUCUUAGACAUUUAAGAUAAAUCUCCUCUGAUGUUUCAUCUUCUUAUGCUUCUAAACAUAAAAUUGCCUUUUUAGAAACUAGCGCUAAAGAUGGUUCAAAUGUUCAUCAAGCUUUUAAUUAACUAAUCAAUGGUAUACUUAUUCAUUUUUAAUAUAGAAAUUCAUUCCAAAAAUAAAAACAAUUCUAUCUUCACUCAAAAAAAAACUAAUCAAUCAAUCACUGAAGCUGUUUAAAUUGAAACAUAAAAAGAUUCUGGUUGUUGCUGAUCAAAUAUCAAC